AUGGAGGUGAUACUACCAAGCUGGCUGCCCUUAUCAAUAUACGCAUGGCUUGUUCAGCAGGUCGCCUUUCAUGCCGCUGGACUCGCAUUCGAAUGGUGCGACCGUACCCACAGCAUGGCCCAUCUGAAGGUCCGCGAUGUCGACCGCAAGUCUUACAUGCAGAUGCUCCCGCGUGUGUUGUUGAACCAGUGUUUCAUUCUGCUUCCAAGCAUGAUGCUUGUACAGGCAGCAGGCUAUUGUUUCGUGGGCGCAACGCACCUACAUCCCGUACACUUUCUUCUGUCGCUCCCGGCAAUGGCCGUCGGUCAUGACGUCGUGCAAUAUCUCACCCAUCGGUUUCUGCUUCACAAUCCGAACCUGCGACUUAUGCGCCUGCUGCAGCACUCGCUGCAUCACUCAACAGGAGCCAGUCGGGGAAUCAGUGCAUGCUACAUGUCCGCCCCGGACUUCUUCCUCGAGAUUGUUUUGCCAUAUCUCGUCCCUCUUGCGCUGGUAGGCGGCGGCGGCGCAGAUGUCCUCUUUCAUUCUCUUGUCGCGGGGUCAGGGGCUAUAGGUGGUGUCUACGAGCACUCGGGGUACGACUUUUCUGUACUGUUCUCUCCAAAAGCGAACCUCAUGGGAGGGAGAGGACAGUCAUCGAGCUGGACACCAAAGAUUGCAGCUUUAAUCCAAGAUUUUGUGGACAAUCGCGCUCACGGAGAACAUCAUUCUCGUGCAAUCGUUUCAUUUUCUGAUGGAUUUGGCAGUCCGGGGAUAUGCGACAGCCUUUUUGGCACGCGGUGGGAUCUGGUGGCUGCGCGCCGGGCAGCAGCAGAGAAGGAGUGGCAGGCUCAACGGAGGAGACAUAUGACGGUGCAAUGA